AACACUUGAUUUAUGUUAGAAUAAGAAUCGGGUCGGCAGACUUUGUAAAUUCUAAUCGAAUCGCAAUCCACCAUUUCAACUUAAGCUUCCCUUCUCCUCCCAUGGCGGCGGCGACCAACCUAGAUCAAGUCAACCCAGCCGCCACAGCCGCAGCACCACCCGUCUUCAUCUCCACCGCCACCCUACAGUCCCUCAUCACCCACAAAUCCCUCAUCGGCCACCUCGAAUCCACCCUCCCGCCGCUCUCCGCCGCCAUCCACUCCCCCCUCCGCCACGCCCACCAAAUCACCCCCAAUUCAUCCUUCCUCCUCAUGCCGUCCUGGUCCACCUCGCCACUCCUCCCUUACAUCGGCACCAAGCUCGUCACCCACAAUUCCAGCAACUCCGCCCUAAACCUACCCGGAGUCCACGCAAUUUUCGUGCUCUUCAAUUCCCUCACCGGCCAGCCACUCGCAUCGAUGGACGCCACCGCCCUCACCCUCUACCGCACCGCCUGCGUCUCCGCUCUCGCGUCGUCGUAUCUAUCGAGAGAAGACGCCGAGAUUCUCGUCAUGGUUGGCGCCGGAUCGCUGGCUCCGCACUUAAUCAAGGCUCAUUUGGCCGUCCGAUCCAAAUUAAAGAGGGUCAUAGUGUGGAAUCGAACGGUUGAAAAGGCGAGAAAUCUGGUCGAUCGAUUGAAGGAAGAGAGUGGUUUCGAAGGGGUGUGCUUUGAGGCUGAUGAGUGCUUAACGGCGGCGGUGAGGAUGGGCGAUGUGAUAAGCUGCGCGACGAAUUCGGAAGUGGCGUUGGUGAAGGGGGCGGAGCUGAAGGCGGGGGCGCAUCUGGAUCUGGUGGGGUCGUUCACACCGCGGAUGAAGGAGUGCGAUGACGAGGCGAUGAGGAGGGGGCGAGUGUUCGUGGAUAAUGAGAUGGCGGCGGUGGAGGCCGGGGAAUUGGUGGGGGCGUUGGAGAGGGGGGUGGUUAUUGUGGGGGGAUUGGUGGAGUUGAUCAAGCGAGACAUAGUUGGGCGGAGGAGUGAGGAUGAGAUUACUGUGUUUAAAUCGGUUGGCUCCGCUAUUGUGGAUUUGUUGAGCGCGCAGAUGGUUUAUCAGAGUUAUGUCCAUACUGUCUCACCUUCCAUAUCCAUUGUGUAAAGUGUUCUACAUGUAAUUCAAUAACUUCGAAUUUCGAAUCAAAUAUCAUGAUUUUAA